AUGCCCUCCACGCCAAACAACAAAUCCCUUUUUCAAAAAAUACCCCACCAACCCGGUUGUUAUCUAUUUAAAGAUAAAACCGGAACCAUAAUUUAUGUUGGCAAAGCCCAAAAUCUAAAAAAGAGAAUUAGUAGUUAUUUUCUCAACCCACAAGAAAAUUGUUUUUAUCAACAAAUCCAUAGUUUUAACACCAUUAUCACUAAUAAUGUCAAAGAAGCCCUAAUUUUAGAGCAAAAUCUGAUUAAAAAAUACCAACCCCGUUUUAAUGUUCUCCUCAAAGAUAGUCAUUAUUAUCCUUAUUUAGAGAUUACGGCCGGCGAAAAUCCUCGUUAUAAAGUGGUGCGGAAAAUAAACAUUAACACUUCCUCCGCUAGCCCCAGCGAAUAUUUCGGUCCCUUUCCCGACGGCACCAAAGCCCGUGAAAUAUUACAAUUACUAGAAAGAUUACUCCCCCUCGCCAAAUGCAAAGCAGUCCGAAAAUUUUUUCGCGGCCAAACCCAAGAAAUUAAGAAAAAAAUUAAAGAUUCUUUGCGAAAAAAUAUUGUCAAUUUAGCCUUUGAAAUCGCCCAAAAAGAAAAAAAAAUCCUGGAUAAUAUCGAUUUUUUUACUAGUCAGCAAAACAUUGAAUUUUUACGAGAGGAAAAUAGCGAUUUUUUAGGUGUUUACGAGCAAGAAAACGUGAUAGCCUUUUGUCUCCUCAUUUAUCGUUAUGGAAAAUUGGUGGCUACUGAUGAAGCGGCCUUUCCCGCUUGGAAUAACGCUGCCGAAAUUACCGAAACUUAUCUCUAUCAAUUUUACCAAAAUAAUUUGCCCCCUGCCGUGCUUUAUACGGCAAAAAAAUUGCCGGAAAUUAAAUUAUUGGGAGAGGAAUUGGGGUUUGUUUGUAAAUCACCCCAACGCGGCCGCAAAAAAGAAGUGAUUAAUCUCGCCCAACAAAAUGCCCAGCAAUGCUUGGAUAUUUCUAACCUCUACAAACAAGAUAUAGUAGCCGGUUUUUUGACUUUUAUUAAUGGAGAAAAAAAUCCAAGCCAAAGUAAAUUAUAUAAGUUAGAAAAUGAGGUGGAAAAUAAUUCAGUGCUGGCGAAUCCGUCAACCGAACCAGCAAGCGAUUUAGCCCGAAUAAAAAAGGCCUGUCGUAUUCAUUUUCAAAAAUAUUCCUCCGGCAAAAAACCAGACUUAAUAAUAGUAGACGGAGGAAAGGAACAAGUUAAAUCCGUUCAGCAAGUUUUAAGGGAAUUAGCAUUUGAAAUUCCUAUUAUUGGCCUUGCCAAAGACGAAAAACACCAAACCGCCAAAAUAAUUACUAAUACUUUACAAGAAUUAAAUUUUGGCCAAAAUGAGCGAGUGAAAAAUUUUUUGACUAAUUGUCAGGCCGAAGUUCACCGUUAUGCUCUUAAUUUUCACCGCCAAUUGCACCGAAGAA